CCAAGCGCCAUUCCAUAAUAAAGCGAUUUGGGGAUAAGCCCAAUACUCAUGAGAGAUUAGGUUUAAUUGAAUUCCCUAGAUCAGAUCUUCAACAAAAAGUCAACACAAUCUCCCCCUGUAUUUCUUGUAUUUCAAAGCUUCCCAAUUUUCUCGUUUUCUUCAAUUAGGGUUUAGCGGAUUUACCAAAGUUCAGAUUUUUUUUUUCUUCCCCCGAAGUCUGAGCUGCCAAUUCGAUUUGGGUUUAAUCGAAAUUGGAAGAUUUUUCCGGCUGGUUUUUUGGUAAUUAACGGAAAAAAGUUGGUCUUUUUUUUGAAUUAAAUCGAUGUCGUGGGCAGGACCUGAAGAUGUUUACACCUCAACUUCUCUUGCGAGCUAUCUUGACAAGAAACUUCUUGUAUUACUUCGAGAUGGCCGAAAACUACUAGGGAUUCUUCGUUCCUUUGAUCAAUUUGCUAAUGCUGUCCUAGAAGGUGCAUGUGAGCGUGUUAUUGUCGGUGAACUUUAUUGUGACAUCCCAUUAGGCCUUUAUGUGAUCCGUGGCGAAAAUGUUGUCUUAAUCGGAGAAUUGGAUUUGGAAAAAGACGAGCUCCCCCCUCACAUGACUCGUGUUUCAGCGGAAGAGAUAAAAAGGGCACAGAAAGCAGAGAGAGAAGCUUCGGAACUCAAGGGCACAAUGAAAAAGUGGAUGGAUUUUCUUGAUAUGGAUUGACAUAUGCAUAUUUUUGUGCUGUUGAAGUUGUUCGUUUUGCUUUUAAGGCCAGGACAAAUGUUGUCACCUGCAAAUAUUAUCGCAGAUGCAGUAUGCUGGAAAAAAAUAUAACAUGGGCCGGACGGAGCAAGAUUUUCCUUUCUUUUGUUGCUUUCUACUAAAAUUCUCUACUGACAUAAUUUAAAUUUUUAGACGUUUCAAGUAUCGUCAUUUGUGCUAUAUUCAUUGUACUGACACAUGGUAACGUAAAAUUGGGAUUAGAUUGCGUGUUUACUAUGAUGAGAGAAGGGAUAAAAACCGCGUUUUCUUCCAUCAUAUUUUGUUUUUGGAAGGAUGUCGGAAUUUGUUCCGUCUUAGUUGCUCAUUGUAUAGACAUUUUGUAUCCCAAUAUAUGAAUGCUUUGAAUCA